UCCCUGUUGCUAUGGAAACAGGGCCGGUCCAGGUGGAGCCACUGGCUGGCGUCUUCUCGGUCACGUGGGGGUCUGUGGAAACGGAGCAGUGGAGAAAGUGGUGUCUCUCCACAUUCACAUUAACGGAGAGUUUAUAGAGAAGCUACCCAGCCGUGAUUUCUCCUCGAAUUAACGGUAAAAAGAGACUGACAGUGGCGUGUUUUACUCACCUGGACCGUGGGGCGAGUUGAUUCAAAGAAGAAUAAUUCAAGUCGCAACGGAGAACGAGUGUUUAGGGGAACCGAAAUUGUGUUUGUGGACGCUUUUUGGAGGAAAAUAUAUGUUGACUCUUUGCGCUGACGUUUUUUCGCGGUAUUUUGUCUGCUGUAGUCUUUUGUGUUAAAGUGACAGUUUUUUUUACAUGGGUUUUGGUGGUGGGCGCAUCCCGUAGCAUGGACUUGAAGCGUUGACGCCAGUGUAUUUCAGCUGAGAACCGGGGCAGCCAGUCGGAGGAGGAACACCCAUGAAAAAUGAUGCAUCAUGGAAUGUGAUAAUCUAAACUUUGAGCAACAAUUUCAUGUCGCGGAGAGUGGCAGCAUGGGAAGCGGCAGAGACGAGGAGAUAACAGACUAACGUUGGUGAAAAAACAGCCUCCCUCUCCUCGUUUUGUUGUGAAUGUUGGACUCCUAAAAGACCUGGGGGACGGGGCGACAGUGUGUGUUGUGAUGCUUCUUCUCCAUUUCUUUUCUGGUGUCAGUUUUGGUUUCUCCAGCAAGAUCUGUGCUAUCCCGCAAUGGCUCGCUUUGAAGACGAACUGUCCAGCCGAUAUGGAGGCAGCUGUCCCGCGGGCCAGGCCAGAGGGGCCAUCCGGCAGCCGGGGCCUCCGGGGGUCCGGGGGAUGUACAAGCAGUCGAUUGCCCAGAGAGCCAGGACCAUGGCUAUUUACAACCCCAUUCCUGUCAAACAGAACUGCCUCACCGUUAACCGCUCCUUGUUCAUCUUCAGUGAGGAUAAUAUCAUACGGAAAUAUGCCAAAAAGAUCACCGAAUGGCCUCUGUUUGAGUACAUGAUCCUGGCCACCAUUAUAGCAAACUGCAUUGUACUGGCCUUGGAGCAACACCUACCGGCCUCAGACAAAACACCGAUGUCAGAGCGCUUGGACGACACGGAGCCCUACUUUAUUGGAAUAUUUUGUUUUGAGGCUGGCAUCAAGAUCAUCGCCCUGGGCUUCGCUGCUCACAAAGGCUCCUACCUGCGUAAUGGCUGGAAUGUAAUGGACUUUGUGGUGGUCCUAACAGGAAUCCUGGCCACUGUGGGGGCUGAUUUUGAUCUAAGAACACUGAGGGCGGUGAGAGUACUGCGGCCGCUCAAACUGGUCUCCGGCAUUCCAAGUCUGCAGGUGGUAUUGAAGUCCAUUAUGAAAGCGAUGGUACCUCUGCUGCAGAUUGGCCUGCUGCUCUUCUUCGCCAUCCUUAUGUUCGCCAUCAUUGGCCUCGACUUCUACAUGGGCAAGUUCCAUCGCACCUGCUUCAGGAUAGACACAGGUGAGCAGGCGGCAGAUUUUCCCUGUGGCCUGGAGGCGCCGGCAAGGACCUGCAGCAACGGCACCGCCUGUAGGGAGUACUGGAUCGGACCCAGCUUUGGCAUCACCAACUUUGACAAUAUCCUCUUCGCCAUUCUCACCGUUUUCCAGUGCAUCACCAUGGAGGGAUGGGUUGACAUCCUCUACAACGCCAACGAUGCCUCAGGGAACACCUGGAACUGGCUGUACUUCAUCCCCCUCAUCAUCAUCGGCUCCUUCUUCAUGCUCAACCUGGUGCUGGGUGUGCUGUCAGGUGAGUUUGCCAAGGAGAGAGAGCGGGUGGAGAAGAGGCAAGAAUUCCUGAAGCUCCGCAGACAACAGCAAAUCGAAAGAGAGUUAACCGGGUACCUGGAGUGGAUCUGCAAAGCAGAGGAGGUGAUGCUGGCUGAGGAAGACAAGAACGCAGAGGAGAAAUCUCUGGAUGGAGCAUGGUAUAAAAAGAAACACAGCAACUCUGUGCUGAAAAGGACCAAAAAGAGUAAGAAUGACCUAAUCAACACAGAGGAAGGCGAGGAGGACCACUUCACUUACAUCUCAUCUGUUGGGUCGCCGUACACCCGGGGCAGCGAGAAGGGCAAGAACAAGAGCUCGUCUUACUUCAGGAGAAAAGAGAAGAGGAUUCGGUUCAACAUCCGCCGUCUGGUCAAGUCUCAGAGCUUCUACUGGACUGUGUUGUGUCUGGUUGGCCUCAACACGUUGUGUGUAGCCAUAGUACACUAUGACCAGCCUGACUGGCUUACCUCUGCUCUAUACCUGGCCGAGUUUGUAUUCCUAGGCCUGUUUUUGGCAGAGAUGUCCAUGAAAAUGUAUGGCCUCGGACCCCAGAACUACUUCCACUCCUCAUUCAACUGUUUUGACUUUGGGGUGAUCAUUGGCAGUAUUUUUGAGGUGAUCUGGGCUGCCAUCAAACCCGGGGCCUCAUUUGGGAUCAGUGUUUUGCGUGCUCUGAGACUGCUCAGGAUCUUCAAAGUCACCAAGUACUGGAACUCUUUGAGGAAUCUUGUGGUAUCCCUGCUCAACUCUAUGAAGUCUAUCAUCAGCCUGUUGUUCCUGCUCUUCCUCUUCAUUGUGGUCUUCGCUCUGCUGGGCAUGCAGCUGUUUGGUGGCCAGUUUAAUUUUGAAGAUGAAACGCCAACAACCAACUUUGACACAUUCCCAGCAGCGAUUCUCACUGUCUUCCAGAUCCUAACUGGGGAGGACUGGAAUGCAGUCAUGUACCAUGGGAUCGAAUCACAGGGGGGUGUUCACAGGGGAAUGUUCUCCUCCAUUUAUUUCAUUGUUCUCACUCUCUUUGGAAACUACACACUCCUCAACGUGUUCUUGGCCAUUGCUGUUGAUAACCUUGCAAAUGCCCAGGAGCUCACUAAGGAUGAAGAGGAGCAAGAGGAGGCCAUCAAUAAGAAGCUUGCACUACAGAAGGCUAAGGAGGUAAAGGAGGUCAGCCCCAUGUCAGCCGCUAACAUUUCUAUCACAGCUUUUCUAACACGCAGUCGAGGUAACGCGCACUCUAGCAGCUCAUCCAUCUGCAGCGUUAACUCACUGAGUUAUGUCUGCACCCCAGUCCAUCACUACCUGAGUAAGGAGCAGCAGAAGUCAAUGAAGACGAUGUCUGUGUGGGAGCAGAGGGCCAACCAGCUGAGGAGGCAGAACCGAGCAAGCUGCGAGGCCCUCUACUCUGAGCUGUCCUCAGCCCACCACAUCCGGCCUGACAUGAAGACCCACCUCGACCGGCCGCUGGUCGUCGAACCUUGCGACGGGCCUUUGCUGGGUGGCCACCAACACCACCAUCACAAGCCCUGCAUGCUGGAGGACGCUGAGACUGGCACUGACCCUGCUCUGCCUCCUGUGCCUCACCAGCCCAGGCGCCACCACCGCCACAGAGACAGGGCCAGGACUAGAGACGAGAUAAACGACAACGGUGACGCCAGCAAAGACGGCGGGCACCAUGUCCAUCACAGCCGCUCCAAAGACCACAACGGCAGCCAUGGCAAAGACGGGAAGAGCGACAGGUCCCAUAGCCGAGAGGGGGGCAGGAGGCACCACCAUCAAAGCUCAGUGGAUGACAGCGGGGGUGGGGGAGUCCCCAGCGAGAGAGAGCAUCGCCAUCAUUCACACCGACAGUCCAGAGGGGGCAAUGGGACUCUGAACGGUGGAGGUAGGGGAGAGCGAAGAUCCCGCCACAAAGACGGACGUUCGUCUAACAGGGACGGGGAUAGGAAUUCCAGAGGAGACAGUGGUGUGAAUGGAGAAAGGAGGAGACAUCGGACUCAUGGAUGCAGGGGCCAAUCCACAGUUGAUGGAGAGGAGUCCAAUGAGAGAGAGAAGACCCAGAGCCAUAGGGACAGGUUUGGUGACUCAGAGGGGGAGUUUCUAGCCAUCUCCCCCCAGCAGGGCUCUGGGGGGACUGACUGGACUGCUGACCGACCUGAGGACUCAGACAACCAAAGAAACGUCAGAAGAACUGGCCAAACCUCCAUCCAAAUUCCUCCUGUGACAGUCACCUCCCCACCCGGGGAGACCACCCUCGUACAACCGAACAGUAUCGACUGUGAGACCAUGCCCAUGAAUGACACCCGGGAGGAUGUAGGUCAAAGUGGACCCAGACCCAUCCUGCCUUACAGUUCCAUGUUCAUCUUUGGACAGACUAAUCCGGUGAGGCGGUUAUGUCACUACAUUGUGACUCUGCGGUAUUUUGAGAUGUCCAUCCUGGUUGUCAUUGCUAUGAGCAGUAUCGCUUUGGCAGCAGAGGACCCUGUCUGGACGAAUGCCCCACGCAACAAUGUGCUCAAAUAUCUGGACUACGCCUUCACUGGUGUCUUCACUUUUGAAAUGGUGAUCAAGAUGGUGGACCUUGGCCUGCUGCUUCAUCCUGGAGCCUACUUCAGAGACCUGUGGAACAUUCUGGACUUCAUAGUGGUCAGUGGGGCGCUGGUGGCUUUUGCAUUUUCGAGCUUCAUGGGUAGAUCGCAACAAGGUGUGACCAGGGGGACCAAAGGCAAAGACAUCAGCACUAUCAAGUCACUGAGGGUUCUCCGUGUCCUCAGACCUCUCAAGACCAUCAAGCGUCUGCCAAAACUCAAGGCGGUGUUUGACUGUGUGGUCAACUCUUUGAAGAACGUGCUGAACAUCCUCAUCGUUUACAUCCUUUUCAUGUUCAUCUUUGCGGUCAUCGCAGUUCAGCUCUUCAAGGGAAAAUUCUUCUACUGCACAGAUGAGUCCAAGGGCCUGGAGAAGGACUGCAAAGGACAGUUCUUAGACUAUGACAAAGACGAGGUGGCAGCCAUGCCCAGAGAGUGGAAGAAAUAUGAGUUCCAUUAUGACAACGUGCUGUGGGCGUUCCUGACCCUCUUCACCGUCUCCACUGGGGAGGGCUGGCCAACUGUCUUGAAGCACUCUGUGGAUGCAACAUUUGAAGACCAGGGUCCCAGUCCAGGCUACCGGAUAGAAAUGUCUAUCUUCUACGUGGUCUACUUUGUGGUCUUCCCUUUCUUCUUCGUCAACAUCUUCGUCGCUCUGAUCAUCAUCACCUUCCAGGAGCAGGGAGACAAGGCCCUGUCUGAGUGCAGCUUGGAAAAGAAUGAGAGGGCUUGCAUUGACUUUGCCAUAAACGCCAAACCUCUGACACGCUACAUGCCUGAGAACACGCAGUCCUUCCAGUACAGGAUGUGGAAGUUUGUGGUUUCGCCUCCGUUCGAGUACUCCAUCAUGAUCAUGAUCGCUCUCAACACUGUGGUACUCAUGAUGAAGUUCCAUGGAGCUCCAGACUUCUAUGAAGCAAUGCUGAAGAACCUCAAUAUUGUCUUCACCACUCUGUUCUCUCUGGAGUGUAUCCUCAAGAUUAUUGCUUUUGGUCCACUGAACUACCUGAAGGAUGCCUGGAAUGUGUUUGACUUUGUGACCGUGUUGGGCAGCAUCACUGACAUCCUGGUGACUGAAAUCAAUACUACGGACAGGCUGCUGAACCUGAGCUUCCUGAGGCUGUUCAGAGCUGCUCGGCUCAUCAAGCUGCUGAGGCAGGGUUACACCAUCCGCAUCCUGCUGUGGACCUUCGUCCAGUCCUUCAAGGCUCUGCCUUAUGUUUGCCUGCUGAUUGCUAUGCUGUUCUUCAUUUAUGCCAUUAUUGGGAUGCAGGUGUUUGGCAACAUUGAAUUGAAUGAGGACACAGCAAUCAAUCACCACAACAACUUUCGCACUUUCCUCCAAGCUCUGAUGCUGCUGUUCAGGAGUGCAACUGGCGAGGCCUGGCACGAGAUCAUGUUAUCGUGUCUUAGUCACCGAGCCUGUGACGAGAAAUCGGGGUCCCAUGGGAAAGAGUGCGGCAGUGAUUUUGCCUACUUCUACUUUGUCUCAUUUAUCUUCCUUUGCUCCUUCCUGAUGCUGAACCUGUUUGUUGCUGUCAUAAUGGAUAACUUUGAGUACCUAACCAGAGACUCGUCUAUCCUGGGGCCUCAUCACCUCGAUGAGUUCAUCCGGGUUUGGGCCGAGUACGACCCGGCUGCAUGUGGCCGUAUCAAGUACCUCGAUAUGUAUCAGAUGCUGCUCCACAUGUCCCCACCCUUAGGUUUGGGAAAGAAAUGUCCACCAAGAGUCGCCUACAAGCGUCUCGUCAAAAUGAACAUGCCCAUCGCUGAUGACAACACCGUCCACUUCACUUCUACCCUGAUGGCCCUGAUUCGCACCGCCCUGGAGAUCAAACUGGCCUCAGGCAUGGUAGCUCAGCGAUUAUCUGACGCUGAGUUAAAGAAAGAGUUGUCCACUGUGUGGCCCAACCUCUCUUCAAAGACCGUGGACCUGUUGGUGACGCCACAUAAACCCAAUGAACUGACGGUAGGGAAGGUUUAUGCAGCCCUGAUGAUCUUCGACUACUAUAAGCAGAAUCGAGCAAGGAGGCUGCAGCUGCAGCAGCAACAGGGCACGUCAGGCUCCCAGUACAAGGUCGGGGCUCUGUUUAAGCCAUUGCUGCCUCUGACUCACAUGCAGGAGAAAAAUCUGCCUACGGUGUGCAAUGCGGAGCCUCCCAGCAUGCUUCAGCCCCAGCCCAAAUCCCAUGCCAAGUCCCAGCCACAGACCAGAUCUAGCUCCAACUCCCUCAACAAUGGAGGCAGGCUGCCAGGUCAUGACCACCUUAACCCAUCAUCUUCCUGUGAAAUUGAGAAGCCCAAGGAAGUGCCCCGAGCUAAGACUAAGAGAACCAUGUCAAGGGGCCCAUCAGAGGACACACCGGUCACUGUCGUCAUUCAGGAGUCGGUGGAGAUGAGGGAGAUGGAGACCAGUCUGGAGAACCAGGGCAGAGCUGCUUCUAUGCCACGGCUCAAUGCUGAACUGCAGCGGAGCCAAUCGCGCCACUCUCCGGGGAUCCAUCUAGCUUCUGUCGCUGAUGUCAGCCCUAUGAAGCGCUCAGCUUCCACUGUGGCACCACAGCGGCCCCAGGAGGUCAACCUGAGGGACUACACCCUGGAGAAACCCAGCCAGGAUCGACCUCCCCACCGUCACCACCACCACCGCUGCCACCACCGCAGAGACAGAGACAAAGACAGAGACAGGGAGAAGAGGCAGAGGUCUUUGGAUACACCUCUGGGUGGACAAGCACCCAGCUCUGCUGGAGCACCAGGAGAGCCAGCAUCCGACCCAGCUGCCCCCAGAGAGCGUGCCCAUGACCGUGGACGCUCCCAUGAGAGGAAACACCAUCACUCCUCGACAGACAAGCAGCGUUACUACUCCUGCGACCGCUACUGCAGCCGGGAACACUGCCACACCAAAUCCGCCACCGCCAGCUGUGCCGCCUCCCCCAGCGAGGGGCAGGAAACCAGCAACAAGCAGGGCAGUGGUUGGGUUAAAGGCAGCCCAGUGGCACUGAGCUCCAGUUCUAGCACGCCAAGCCGCGGACGUCGGCAGCUCCCCCAGACCCCCCUCACCCCGCGGCCCGGGGUGGCCUACAAGACUGCCAACUCAUCCCCCGUGCACUGUGUGUCCAGCCAGACCUCUCUGAGUCCCGGCCGGCUGAGCCGCGGCCUGUCGGAGCACAAUGCUCUCCGUCACAGCGGCUCGCGCCACUUCCCCUGCCCCGUUACUCGCAUCAGCUCCGAGCCCUUCCUGGGCCAGGGCCACGACGAGGCCCUGGGCAGCCUUUACAGCAGCCUCCGGGACCAGCUGGACGUCUUCCAGGAUGCGGCGUCAAUGUCACCCAGCCCCUGUGUCGGAUGCUCAUCUCGGACCGCACUGCCUCGCAUGAUGGGAGCCCUGCUUCCCGCUCCGCAGCAGAACCUUGGGGUGCCUAACGGGUACCACUUAAGCUUUGGGGGCAGCACCAGCCCAGGCUCUGGCGUCAGGGCACCCAGGUAUUACCAGGAGGCAGAGGAGGACGAAUGGUGCUAGCAUGGCUUUAAACCAACCUUUUUAAUGCAUUUUUGAGGAAUUGUGAUGAGUUUUAUCAUCUUCUUUGAAGGCUUUAGUUUACAUUGUCACUGUGUGUGUUUAAUACCGUAUUUGAAUCCUAACUUGGAGAGCUACGGUUAGGAAGAACAUCAAAACAGAGAGAAAGCUUGAAGUGAUUUGAAUGUGAACAAAAACAGUGUCAUCUUUAAAGAGCGCGUAGCAUUAUGAAACAGAACAGUAGACUUUUUGCCAAUGUCAGAUGUCUUACAGUAGCUUGAUUUGCUUUGACUUCAGUGCUUUUCCUUCAGUGUUUUGUUGACACCACCAUAUUGAUUCUGAAACAGCAUUACAUUUUAAACACAGACUUUACAUUUAGGUUGAUAAUAUCUCCUGACUUUGUAAGAAAAGGGAAGAUCCAAAGACAUUUUUGGAUGAUGUAGAUAACCACCAGACCUGCUGUGUGUCUGUAUUCCAGGGAAACACAAAUAUUUUGCUGUUUCAUCCAAGGGUGAUUUCUGAUUACUGAGCAGCAGGCAUGGGAUGAUACUUUUUUUUUUAACAAUUAUCCUUGCCAAAAUAAUUGCAAUUCAUGUUAUUAUCCAGAUAAUCAUCAUAUUAUAUUUAACAAUCUAAAAAUAGCACUAGAACAUACUGGAAUAACUGCCUUACAAAGAUUUUUAUU